GAGAGGGACUGAGGGAGAGAGAGAGGAGUGGAGGUGUGUGAACAGAACGCAGAUCUUCGCUGACACGUCGUCGGUGCAGGGAGGGCGGAUGAAACUCACACCCGCGGAGAGAUGGUGUAAACAAACCCGCUUCUAUCAGCCCCAUCACCGAGCGCCACGACGGAGGUUGCCAAGAUGUUGAGCCGUCUGUUCAGUGAGGUGCUCCCGGACGUCCAGCGACUCGCGGCUGAUUGGGUGGAGGACAACGACAGUGAGGACAGCAAAGCCAAGGACGACGACCCAUGUCACCACCUGGACGAGGACCUGGACGAGCCCUUGGAGGGCAGCAGCCGGGCCGAGUCAGAGAUGGCCGGGGACGAUGAUGACGACGAAGAGGACGAGGAGGUGGAGGAAGAAGAGUGCGGGGACGAGAAUAGCGGGGACAAACCCAAAAAGCGAGGCCCCAAGAAACGCAAGAUGACGGCGGCGCGCGUCGAGCGCUCCAAAGUCCGUCGCAUGAAGGCGAACGCGCGGGAGCGUACGCGCAUGCACGACUUGAAUUCUGCUCUAGACAAUCUGCGCAAAGUUGUUCCUUGUUACUCCAAAACACAGAAACUGUCCAAGAUCGAGACCCUGAGACUGGCUAAGAACUACAUCCUGGCUCUGGGGGAGAUUCUGCGCAACGGGAAGCGCCCAGAUGUGGUGACGUAUGUGCAGAUGUUGUGCAAGGGUCUGUCGCAGCCCACCACCAACCUGGUUGCGGGUUGCCUGCAGCUCAACACCCGGAACUUUCUGACAGAGCAGUGUUCGGAGGGGUCUCGUUUCCACAUGCCCAGCUCCCCCUUCUCCGUCCACCCCUACUCCUACCGAUGCUCCCGCCUCUCCAGUCCUCACUACCAGCCUGGCGGAAGUGCGCUCAACCUGCGCGCCCAUUCUUACGCCCCUGGCUACGAGUCUGUGUACCAACCCGGCGGGACGUCCCCAGACUACAGCAGCCCGGACUACGAGGGUCAACACAGCCCACCUGUGUGCUUGAACGGGGCGGUGUCGGGCAGACAGCAGGACCCCUCGGACUCGGACCGGAAUUAUCAUUACUCUAUGCAUUACUCCGGACUCUCUUCUUCUCGAGCCAAUCACGGCUUACCUUACGGACCAUCGGGGCCGCGCAGCGGCGGCGCGCACACUGAGAACAUUCCGCCCUUCCACGACGCGCACUUGCACCACGACCGAGCGCCACAGUACGAAGACCUUAACGCGUUUUUCCACAACUGAGUUCAAGCAAUCAACCGAUUCUGACAAUCCUCAUGUGUGCGUGCGUGUGUUUUUGUGGUCAGAUUUGGAAAAGAGACACUGACUUUUGAUGACAUUCUGUAGACCAUCCCGACAUUAUCCCUCACCGUUGUGCAUCAGCGUUCAGUGUUGUCUGUACAGAAUGGAAGAAUUAAAAUGUGUACAGACCUAAUGUUACGUCAUCAAGAAAAUAAAUAAAACAUGUUUUAUAAUUG